CCCCCACAGCAGUUGACAGACCCUAACCUUUGAAAACAAAAUGUGACGUGGCUAAUCCAUCUGGACAACAAAAACAAGAAUCCCGAAUUACUUCGCUGCACUCUGACAAAAAUAUAUAUAAAUUUCAGAUCUGCAUCUUGGAAUCCAAACAGUAAUUUAAGGGACAAACUCUUCUAAUUACUUCCGGUAAGGACAUAACGUGCAGAUUUGAGAGAUGCUCUGCUGAGAUAUAAGAUAAGAUGUCAGAUAGUGAAGCACCUCAUGCCGUUGCCGAGGGAACGCAGGAAGCACCCGGGAUGCAAGAGCCCUCUCCUGCUGAAACACCAGGCAGCUCCUCGCCAUCUACGCCAGACAACACCACUGAUGUUGCUCCGACGAGGAAAGCCAGGAGGAGGCCAGAGGCCAACCCUGCAGUGGAAGCUGAGGCAACAGCAAAAGCAGAGGAGAGUCCGCAGCCAGCAAAGUCUCCUAGUGAUACAACCGUCUCUCAAGGCGGAUGGGGAUACUGGGGCAGCUGGGGUAAAUCUAUCUUGUCCACAGCAACAGCUACUGUGGCCACUGUGGGCCAAGGGCUCACCCAGGUCAUCGAAAAGGCAGAAACAUCUCUGGGAAUUCCCAGUCCAACUGAACUGUCAGAUAAGGUGGUAGAAGAAGAAAAACAGCAGGAGGAGAGCAACAGCAACACUGAAAAAGCUGCAGCCGACGGAUCGUCUCCAGUGGGAAGUGCGAUGGGAAUGUUAUCGUCUCUGACCAGCGUCGUUCAGACCACGGGGAAGACUGUGAUCACAGGAGGGCUGGAUGCUCUGGAGUUCAUUGGGAAGAAAACAAUGGAUGUGAUAGCUGAGGGCGAUCCUGGCUUUAAAAAGACCAAAGGACUGAUGAACAGAAACGCCACUCUGUCUCAGGUUUUGCGGGAAGCAAAGGAGCGAGAAGAGUUAGAGACGGCAGAGAAGGAAUCGUCAGAUACAGAGAAGAAGGUGGUUGCUCACUACAGCAUGCUGUUUGAUGAAUAUCAGGGUCUGUCUCACCUGGAGGCCCUGGAGAUCUUGUCCAGAGAUAGCGAGUCCAAGGUGAAGUCUGUGUUGACAACCCUGUCUGGAGAUGAGCCGAUCCAGCUCAGAGAGGAGCUGGACCAAAUCAAAGACUCUUUCUCCAUGGUGGAGUUUGAUGACGAGGAGGUCGACGACAAGAAAGAUGAAGAUGGCACAGAGUUCGUGAAUGAUUUAACAGCAGCCGUAGAUGGUCUCAACAUUUCCGCCACAGCUGACAAGCUCAGUAAGACCUGUAAGAACACCCGCUGCACAAUAAACAACAUAAGCGCACCACAGGAAGACGGAGAACAGAAUGACAAGACCCACUCUGCAGAGGAUGUGCACGCUGCCGCUAUCAGGAGUCUUGCAGAGCUGACUGCUCGAUCCAUCGAACUUUUCCAAAAGCUGGCCGAGAUAAUCCUGUUCUCCAACAGCAGCACGGACGCCAGCGUCCUGUCACAAUUAACGGUUGUUCUUUGUAAAGAAAUCUCUCUGCUCUCCAAAAAGUUUACCUCCUGUCUGACCACUGCGGGGUUGAAUGAGAAGGGAGAGGUGCUCAACCCACUGAUUACAGGAGUCUUUCUUGAGGCUUCCAACAGUGCAUCUUAUAUCCAGGAUGCUUUCCAGCUCCUCUUGCCAAUAUUGGAGAUUUCCCACAUCCAAAGGAGAGCUGGACCAUCAGAGCAGUGAUAUCUUCCCUCAGCUGCUUCUGUAACUGACACUAUGAUGGGACUGAAGCUGCCAUCAGAGAGCUAAAAAAUCCUUAGUGCUUUUAUAAACGUCUUGCUGUCACACAGUGUUAAUGUUUCGGUGUUUUUAUGUUCUGUGCAGUAAGUGGACUUACUGAGGUCCAGCGUGCCUGGAUCUGUCAGAGGAUAUGAGACAACAAAAAAGAAAUUUCAUGAAAAUAAACCAGAGAAAUCAUG